UGGGCGUUGCGCCGCGGCGGCGACGACGGCGGGGCCGGUUGCCAUGACGACGCCUGCGACGAUGGCUGCUGCCGCUUCAUCCGAUUCCGACCGCGGCCGAGUUGAGAGUGCCAGCACUGAAGCCAGUUCGAAAUGGCUGGACGCGCACUACGACCCCACGGCCAACAUCCACACCUUCUCGGCCUGCCUGGCGCUGGCGGAUCUGCAUGGGGACGGGGAGUACAAGCUGGUGGUGGGGGACCUCGGCCCCGGCGCGCGGCAGCCCCGCCUGAAGGUGCUCAAAGGGCCUGCAGUGCUGACGGAGAGCCCGCUGCCUGCCCUGCCAGCCGCCGCCGCCACCUUCCUCAUGGAGCAGCACGAGCCCCGGGCGCCAGCCCUGGCCCUCGCUUCGGGCCCUUGCGUCUACGUGUAUAAGAACCUCAGGCCCUACUUCAAGUUCAGCCUGCCCCCGUUGCCUCUAAACCCCGUGGAACAAGAUCUCUGGAGUCAAGCCAAGGAGGACCAGAUUGACCCCUUGACCCUGAAGGAGAUGCUGGAGGGCAUCCGGGAGAAAGCAGAGGUGCCUCUGUCUGUGCAGUCACUCAGGUUUCUGCAGCUGGAGCUGAGCGAGAUGGGAGCAUUCGUGAACCAGCACAAGUCCAAGACCAUCAGACGGCAGACGGUCAUCACCACCAUGACCACCUUGAAGAAGAACCUGGCUGAUGAGGACGCCGUGUCCUGCCUGGUGCUGGGCACGGAGAGCAAGGAGCUCCUGGUGCUGGACCCCGAGGCCUUCACCAUCUUGGCCAAGAUGAGCCUCCCCAGCGUGCCCGUCUUCCUGGAGGUGUCCGGCCAGUUUGACGUCGAGUUCCGGCUUGCCGCUGCCUGCCGCGACGGAAACAUCUAUAUCCUGAGAAGAGACUCCAAGCGCCCCAGGUACUGCAUCGAGCUGAGCGCCCAGCCCGUGGGCCUUGUGCGAGUUCACAAAGUUUUCGUGGUGGGCACCACCCAAGACAGCCUGAACGGCUUCACCCACAAAGGUAAGAGGCUGUGGACGGUGCAGAUGCCCGCAGCCAUCCUGACCAUGAACCUCCUGGAGCAGCGUUCCCGGGGCCUGCAGGCCGUCAUGGCCGGGCUGGCCAACGGCGAGGUCCGCAUCUACCGUGACAAGGCCCUGCUCAAUGUCAUCCGUGCCCCGGAUGCCGUGACCAGUCUUUGCUUUGGCCGCUACGGGCGGGAAGACAACACCCUCAUCAUGACCACUCGAGGCGGCGGCCUGAUGAUCAAGAUCCUCAAGCGCACAGCGGUGUUUGUGGAGGGGGCGGGGGAGGCAGGCCCCCCCCCGGCCCAGGCCACGAAGCUCAGCGUGCCCCGGAAGACCCGGCUCUACGUGGACCAGACACUGCGCGAGCGGGAGGCUGGCACCGCCAUGCACCGGGCCUUCCAGACGGACCUCUACCUGCUGCGCCUCCGGGCGGCUCGCGCUUAUGUGCAGGCCCUCGAGUCCAGCCUGAGCCCCGUGUCUGCCACAGCCCGGGAGCCGCUCAAGCUGCUUGCUGUGGUCCAGGGCCUGGGCCCCACCUUUAAGCUCACGCUCCACCUGCAGAACACCUCGACAGCGCGACCCAUCCUGGGGCUGCUGAUCUGCUUCCUGUACGACGAGAUGCUCUACGCCCUGCCCCGGGCCUUCUUCAAGGUCCCCUUGCUGGUGCCAGGGCUCAGCUAUCCCCUGGAGACCUUCGUGGAGAGCCUCAGUAGCAAGGGCAUCUCAGACAUCAUCAAGGUGCUGGUGCUUCGAGAAGGCCAGAGCACGCCGCUGCUGAGCGCCCACAUCAACAUGCCUGUGAGUGAGGGCCUGGUGGCCGCCUGAGCCCCAGAUGGUGGUCGAGCCCGUGUGGAAUCCGAGCCAGCCAGACCCAGCCACUGCCGCGGAGCCGGGCAGGUCCAGUAGCUCCAGGCCCACUCCCCACGCCACAGCGUGCUGCGCCCCUGCUCCCGGUCACAGCAGCUCUGUGUACCCAGGAAGCUCGGCUCAUGUUCCUGCGGCCCUCCCAGGCUGUGUGUCCACGGGCGCCUGCUGCCUGGCCCUCCUGACCCUUCCAGAAACUGCGCCCAGGUGCCCAGGAGCAGCCUGAAGCGGUCACUGUGCGAUCAGGAGCGGCCGGCCCUUCUUCGCCACUUUCCUCGGGCGCACCGACGGCCACGGCCGACGCUGGGGAGGGGUCUGGCCUGGGAGGUCGGAGGCUUUUCUAGGCUGAGACUGGGCCCCCUUGUCACUCGGGGUUCCCGAGGCAACGCACCUGCUCUGAUCUCCCCGCCCCCGCUGAGCAGGAUCCCUUCCCGGUCCCCAUCAGAGGCCCCAGGGGUAGCUGCUGCCCAGGGCUGUUCUGCAGCUGGAGUCAGGCCUGUGAGGCUCCGCAGGCUGCCUGUGCCCGUGCAGGGGCCGCGACUGCACCCCGGGCUCCUGACCUGGGUGCCCAUGCCCAGAAACAGCACCGAGGGAGAGGCAGGCCACGCUGGACAGAGCCACAGGGGCCAGGGCAUCGGGGAGGGGUGCUGCUGGGGCCUGGAGGCGGCGCGUGGGCGGAGCCCGGGAGCCCGAUCCCUCCUGCGGUGGAAGGUUCCCUGGGCAGCAGCCACGGUGAGCAUUAGCUGCAAAGGCACAGCCCAGAGGAAUCGGGUGAGGCUGAGGGUGGGAUGAAGGCCUCUGUUUGGACCCAAAGGGCCAGAGACCCACGGUCCGAGCCCCUGGCCAGUCUGCGUGGUCCACGUCCCAGGCCGCCUGGGCCGCGUGGGAGCUGAGGACCUGUGUCUUCGCUCCGAGCAGGGGCGCCGGGAAUGCGGCAGGAAGUAACCCGGUGUCUGUGGGCCCCGCUUCCCCACGUGUAAAGUGAGGCGGCUGGACCGGAUUGAUCUAAGCCCGCUUCGGCUCUGUGCCGGUGAGCUCGCAGCCCUGCCGGAGAGCGGGCGACUCCGGAAAGGCGACACCCGGCGGGGGGCAGGGAGGCGGACUCCACAGCUGCCACUGCCCGAGACCCAGGACUCGAGUGACAGCCCACGUCCCCCCAUGCCCUGCUCAGCACAGAUGGAAGGUAAAGGCCCGGCCUUCGGAGCCAUGUGAGCAGGGGCGGGGCAGGUCGUGUGUGGAGCCGAAGGCCCUGCAGUCCCUUCGCCCCAGCCAAGCCGUGAACCCCGUGACCCGGACCCGUCUCUUCUGGGUUCUCAUAGCUUUUCAUACUGCGGAGGGGGAGACCGCGCCGGCACGCACAGUGGACUUCCAGGGUGUGCUGUGUGCCGUCAUUCAGACGGGCGACUGCCCACGUUGGCAGGCCGAUGCAGAACAGCACAGGCGCCCGGCGCGCGGGCCGUGAGCGCUCCAGGACGUUGUGCGCGCUGAGGAUGAAGAGCAGUGGCCCCUUCUCUGAACAAGCCUCCGUUUGGUAAUGAGCUAGCCAGCGCGCAGAGCAGCCCCCGCUCCUGCGUGGCAAACCCUGGCCUUGCUCGGAGGCCCUGUGGGCUAGGGGAGGGUCUCGCCUCCUGUGACUGCGCGCCCCCCCCCCCCCCCCGCCGUCUCCAGGGAAUCCGCACUCACUGUCCGGGUUACGGUGUACUGUGGGGCUCGCUGCACAGCCAGAGCUGGGCUUGCAGUAAAUCACCUUUCCCGCGGAGGGAGUAAUCGCUUUGGUUUUUUCUGGCGCUUAGUUUCCCGGGGUGCCAGUGGCGGAUCUCCCUCCCGCCCUGCACCCUGAGCACGUCGGCUCCCGGGAGAUUUCGCUGGGCCCUGUGCCCAGGCCCCUCGCUCCGUUUAGUGAGAUCUGUCCGAGGGUCCCACCUUUAGCUCAGUUGCUAGGGGUAAACACUUUGAAGACGCCGCCUGUCCUCUAGCCUCGGAAGUUCACGCCGGGCUGAGUGCUCACCUCCGGAGGAGCCCAGCCUCUGUAAGUGGUGAUGCCAGAGAGGACGGGGUUGCGCCCGAUUCUCCUCUCUCGUCUCUCUUCAUCCCUGUCUCCUGGGGAGAGUUUGAACUGUCUUUCAGCUCUGUGGAUUAUUACAAAAUUUUCAGCUAUCAUUUUAAUUCUCAACUCUGUUUGGUCCUUACUUUCAGUAUGUUUUUAAAGAUAUAUUUCUUGUAUCUCUCUCUCGCUCUUUUUUUUUUUUUUUUUUUUUUUUUUGACAGAGUUAGUGAGAGAGAGAGAGACAGAGAGAAAGGUCUUCCUUCCAUUGGUUCACCCCCAAUGGCCGCUGUGGCUGGCACACCGCGCUGAUUCAAAGCCAGGAGCCAGGUGCUUCUCCUGGUCUCCCAUGCAGGUGCAGGGCCCAAGCACUUGGGCCAUCCUCCACUGCCUUCCCGGGCCACAGCAGAGAACUGGACUGGAAGAGGAGCAACUGGGACUAGAACCCGGUGCCCAUAUGGGAUGCCGGCGCCACAGGCGGAGUGAGCCAUGGCACCGGCCCCUCUUGUAUCUCUUCUCAGAUUAUCUUUUAUAUUUUAUCUCUGUUCUUAGUGUCAAGGUAAACUACAAAUAAGCCGUUCCCUGCUUCCCUUCUUAGCUGAGACAGAGAAACUGCCUGGCCCCAGACUCAGUGCUUGGUGGGAGGUGGAAAACCCUCUGGUGAGAACGUUGAAACCACAAGGCCAGCCUGAAUAAGGGUUUGCAGCCUGCACUGAUAACACUGGUUGGCCCUGAAAAACUUCAAGGUGGUGAGGGGUUGCUUGCCAUCAGGCAUCUGGAGGGGUUUACUUCUAACCCAACCUCAAGAGUCCCCAGUGGCUGGCGCUGUGGCAUAGCAGGUAAAGCUGCUGCCUGCGAUGCCAGCGUCCCAUUCAGGCUCAGUUCAGGGCCUGGCUCCACUCCUCCUCCUCCUCCUCCUCCUCCCCCUCCCCCUCCCCCUCCCCCUCCUCCCCCUCCUCCUCCUCCUUCUCCUUCUUUUUUAAGAUUUAUUCAUUUAUUUGAAAGGCAGAGUUACAGAGAGGCAGAGAGAGAAAGGAAGUAAAUCUUCCUUCCCAUGGUUCACUCCCCAGAUGACUACAAUGGCCGGAGUUGUGCCGAUCUUAAGCCAGGAGCCAGGAUUUUCUUCCAGGUCUCCCAUGUGGGUGCAGGGGCCCAAGCACUUGGGACCAUCUUCCACUGCUUUCCCAGGCCACAGCAGAGAGCUGGAUCAGAAAUGGAGCAGCCGGGACUCGAACCAGCAUCCCAUAUGGACGCACUGCAAGCAGCAGCUUUACCCGCUAUGCCAUAGCGCCAGCCCCUGCUCCACUUCUGAUCCAGCGCCCUGCUAAUGUGCCUGGGAAGGCAGCGAAAGGUGGCCCAAGUGUUUGGGCUCCUGGAUCCUGAUUUUCGCCUGGCCCAGCCCUGGCCAUUGCAGCCGUCUGGGGACUGAACCAGUGGAUGAAAGAUAUCUCUGUCUCUCCCAUUCUCUCUGUAAUUCUGACUUCCAAGUAAAUAAAGACUUUUUAAAAAAAAAAAAAAAAAA